ACCGGAAGAGUUUAAAUGUUGCACAGGGCUGUGUUACAUGACCGAGCACGGCUGGUUAGAAAACUGUUGAAGUUGUAUGGAGUAAGAUGACCGUUGGUCCGAGAUGUCUCCAACAGCAGGACGAGUUGUUAGUGGUCUGAGCCGAAGGAUCCUCAGCAGCGGACCGUUGAUGAAAAACGCGCCAGCCACCGUGGGUGCGAGGUUCCUAGCGUUGAGUUCUCAGGCAUCUGCAAGAUCAAAACCCUCUGAAGAGGAUGAAGUGGCCAAAAGCGAGCCCAUUAAAUUUUCCACCAGUAAAGCCAGUCACAGGACCUGGAGAGUGGACCGCUCCAUGGGCAGCCAGUAUGAGAGGCCUUGGUGGAAAGUGGUUCCCAUCAGCCUCGGCUUGACUGCUUUUCUGCUGUGGUGCGCCCUGAGGGAGGAGACGGGCGUUGACGCACAGCUGGAGAAGCGGCUGUAUGAACAUUUACCCAGUUUGGUUUCAGAUGAGUCAGAAGAUGGAAAGUGACAUUUGAAAUAAGUGACUCGUGUCUUGAGAUAUUUAUUCAGACCUCAUGAAAGUUGUGUAGAUUGAUCAAUACAAGUGUGCCCGUCCUUUGCUCCAAAUGAAAGAUUUGUCAUGCAUUUGCCAUUAACUUGAAUUAAAAAUUUGUUUUGGAAUGGAUGUACUUUAAAA